UAAUGUAAAGUAUAUGGUUAUGACUUUCAAGCAUACCCAUUGGUGGCAUAGCGGCCGCUGGUACACCCGGAAAAUUUUUAUUUUCAGGUAUCAUGAAUGGAUGAAGUCCGCAGAAUUACGAUAUUUUACUGGUUCAGAGAUGUUAACAUUGGAAGAAGAAUUUCAAAUGCAACAGCGAUGGCAUCAGGAUCAAGACAAAUGUACUUUUAUCAUUUUGGAAAAAACUGUUUUUACUACAUCUGAAAACGAGAUAGAUAAUAAAGCAGAAGUGAAAUUGAAAUUGGAAACCCGUGGAAAACUUUUCACAAUUAUGUCUCUAUUAAAAGUAUUCCAAAAGUUGAAAAGUUCCGCGCAGAAAAGACCAUUACUCUUCAAUUCAAUGAUAUACGGUUCUUUUUAUACCGGUGCUGAAUUCGCACAACAAACUUAUAGUAAAAUAUUCAAGUUUUCGUUAUCACCGGUAUCAGCAAACAUUGAAGAGACGAAUACACUUGAAAUUAAGAAACCACUAUCUCUUUGGAUAAGAAACUUUAAUCAAAAGUUGGGUUUAUUGGAUGAGAAUAACUCAGCGCAAUCGAGAAGUUACAAUUGGGCUCAACUUAAACGAUAUGCUAUUUAUGGUUGUUUCAUUGCAGGACCUAUACUACAUGGAUGGUACAAAUGGUUGGAUAUAUUUUAUAAGGGCCAAACUAUAAAAAUUGUCCUCACAAAACUUUUGGUCGACCAAUUUAUUCUUACACCGCCAUUAAUUACGCUGUUUUUCAUCAGUAUGAGUUUGAUGGAGGGUAAAUCGAAUCCAUUGGAUGAAUGUAAAGCAAAAUUUUUGCAAACGUUCAAGGUUCCGUAAAAAAACUCAUUAGCUUAAUAUUAGAAAGUGCCAGAAUAAUUUGAAAUGUAAAAGUAUAACGCGUUUAUAUUUUUAAUAUGUAUUGUAGUAAAUAUAAUGUUACAUUCGAAAAUGGAAAGCUACAAUCAAUUGCACUAUGACAAGUAAUUUAAUGGAAUAUUCUGUUGCAAUGUUAUCAAUUUUUAUGAGGAGAAAUUAAAGAUUACCUUAUGAUAUAAUUAUUAUAUUCCAAACCAUUAAAAAUAAAAAUUUUCAACUUUAAUUUAUAUAAACCAAUCAAAAACUUGAUAAAAUUGUGAAAUAAAUAAGUCACCUAUAUGUAUAUAGUGAAUUUAGUGUAUAUACAGUAUAUCAACAUUAAAUAUAUGAUGUAUAUAAGUUAUACAUAUGCAUAGUGGAAUUGCUAUAUAUAGGAUAUUGCUAUAUCUAGGAAAAUAUUUUCAUUUUUUCACAGAAAAUGUACACCCUCAAACUGAUAUUUAAUCUAAUAGAUAAGUAAUACUCUGAUUAGUAUUGCAAAGAAAAUAUUCUGAAACAAGGAAGGGAGGAAAUCACAUUAUUUCGAUAUAACAAUACGAUUUCUAUCAGUAAACAAAUAAUAUUCCAAUAUUGCUUUUAACUUUUAAAUAGAAUUAAAUUUGGAAUACAAAAAGAGAUAUAUCACGUUAAAGAAAAAUUUCAUACUAUUAUUAUCAUUGAAAUGUGUUUUCAAUAAUACAAUGCACUAGUAUGAAAAUAUUACCUUCCAUUUUUGAAACAAGUAAAAUAUUUUUAUUACUCUUAAUUUGCAUGUAUGUUCAUGACACAUAUACGUAUGUAAAAUGAACUAGUCUCUUCAUUUGACACAGUUUUAUGAAAAAGAUUUGAUCAUUGUACAAACAUGUAUUUUAUAAGAAAAAGCUUAUUUCAUGUUCAAGGCAAUGAAAGAUUAUAUGCAUUUCACGUUUCUAUAAUAAAUAUUGUUCAUAUAAAUGUUAUAAUAUAUUAAUUAUAUAAUACAUAUAUUUGUAGCAACACAAUAUGUAUGUAUGUACCAUUAUGUAUGUAGAAUCUGACUGAUUUAGCUUACAUUAUACCUACUGUGAUUGUAUAAAAGAAUGCAUAAAAGGAUAGGCCAUGGAAGUUUAUUACUUCCAUAUAGAAUAUCGCACUAUUUAUAGUUUUACACUUAUUUUGGAAAUCUAAGUGAUUGAUAAUCAUCACAGAACAAAAAUACUGCAAAUAAUAUUGAAUUCAAGUAUUGAACAAAAUUUAAACACUUAGACAUUCAUUCAGUAUGCUCUACUUUCAUUACUUCUUUUUUCCACACAUUACAUUACUAUACAAUACUUAGUUUAAAUUUCCAAGAAGGAUAUUAUGUAUUUUGUUAGAAUUUUAUACGUUUCCAUUAAUCCGCAAAUAAAUAUUACAUAGUAAUAUUAUUAAGUAAAAAUUGUUCAUAAUGUAAUAUAUAAUACUGUCACCUUGAUUUGACAGUAAGCAAAAAGCAUUUCAAGAUAAAAGUAUCUUCAAAGAGUAUA